GAACGUCAGCAUCAGCGCCCCUGGCGGCAGGAAUGUGCGCACUAGCAUUGGAAGCCAACCCUGAUCUGACGUGGCGUGACAUGCAGUUCAUAGUGGUGCUUACCUCGAAAGCGGCGCCUCUCGAGAAGGAGAACGGCUGGAUCACUAACGGCAUCAAGCGAAAAGUUUCGCACAAGUUCGGCUACGGCCUGAUGGACGGGGAGGCAAUGGUGUCGCUGGCCGAGCAGUGGAGUCCGGUGCCACCUCAGCACAUCUGCAAGUCGCAGGAGGUGAACGAGGAGCGACCCAUUGAUGCCUCGUUCGGCUCGGUGCUCACCGCCACAAUGGACGUCAAUGCCUGCAUCAACACACUCAACGAGGUCCGCUUCCUCGAGCACGUUCAGUGCAAGAUAUCGCUCAGGUUUUUCCCGCGCGGCAACCUGCGCAUGACGCUGACGUCACCAAUGGGCACCACCUCGACGCUGCUGUUCGAGCGACCACGUGACGUGGUGUCGUCCAACUUCGACGAUUGGCCAUUCUUGAGCGUGCACUUCUGGGGCGAGAAGGUGGAGGGACGCUGGACGCUGCAGAUCUACAACGCAGGCAACCGCCACGUCAACCGACCUGGUAUCUUACAGAAGUGGCAGCUGAUCUUCUACGGCACGGCCACCAAUCCAAUUCGACUACGACCGCCACCGUCGCAGCGGCUACAACAACAACAACAACAACAGUCGUCGACCAAUUCGUUCUCGUUCCCAUCCAACAACUUCUACGGACAGAGCGACUACUUCACGUCGGCCGCGUUUCGAAACCUGCCGAACAUUUUCAGCGUGGCUGGCAGUCAGAUAUCCAGCUCUAUCACUCCACUAGGUGGCCGAGGCAAGAGUGAGUGGCAGAGCGGCGCACAUGUGAACGAGGUGGCGUCGCCUGUGAGGCAUGAUGGGAGCUGUGAUGCCGAAUGUGACCCUCAACAGGGCUGCUACGGCAAGGGGCCCAGCCAGUGUGUCGCCUGCAAACACUAUCGACUCGACAAGACUUGUGUGAGCCAAUGCCCGCCACGUAGCUUUGCCAACCAGGGCAAUACGUGUUGGCCGUGUCACGAGACGUGUGACACGUGUGCCGGCCCAGGCCAAGACGCGUGUCUGACGUGUGCGCCUGCGCAUCUCCGUGUCACCGACCUCGCCGUCUGUCUGCAAAUAUGUCCAGAGGGCUACUAUGAGAACACAGAGCAAGGCACAUGUAUGCCGUGUGAGGCGAACUGUGCCAGCUGCCUGGAAAGACCAGACCACUGCACCACAUGCGACCAUCACCUCGUGCUCCACGAGAACAGGUGCUAUGCCGCCUGUCCCACCUACACCUACGAGACUGACGACUACAGAUGUAUGGCUUGCCACAACACGUGCGAGACGUGUAGUGGCGACGGAGUGACGCAGUGUGUGACGUGUCGUAGUGGCCUCAUGUACCUGGACGGCACGUGUCAUGCAGUGUGUCCCGACGGCUACUAUGCCGACAAGAAGCGUCGCGAGUGCGUGACGUGUCCGCGUGGCUGCGCCACGUGCAACGCGGCCGCGUGUCGCACGUGUCACGCCGGAUACACACUCGACAACAAGUCGCGCUGUGUCAAACUGGGAUCGGCUCGAUGUCCGCCAUCGGAGUACCUGACGUCAGAUGGUGACACGUGCGAGACGUGCCACGUGUCGUGCGACACGUGUGACGGGCCCGACACGUGUGUGACGUGUGCCAGUCCGCUGCUGCUGGAGAACGCGACGUGUGUUCGCGAAUGUUCGCGUGGCUUCUACGCCGAACAGGCGCAGUGUGUUCGCUGCAUGCACGCGUGCACCGAGUGUGCGUCGCGCGUCAACUGUACCGCGUGUGCGCCCAGCCUGCACCUGCAGAGCGGCCAGUGUCGUGCCGCCUGCGCCCAAGGGUACUACAGCGACGUGGGCACGUGUAGCAAGUGCUACCUGUCGUGUCGCACGUGCAGCGGGCCGCGACGUGACCAAUGUGUCACGUGUCCCCAGGGCUGGCAGUUGGCGGCCGGCGAGUGUCACCCCGAGUGUCCGCAGGGCUUCUUCAUGUCCCAAUAUGGCUGCCAGAAGUGCCACCACUACUGUCACACAUGCAAGGGAGAGGGACCACUUCAGUGUACAUCGUGUCCACCGCGCUUCAUGUUGGACGGCGGUUUGUGCAUGGAAUGUCUUGGGUCACAGUACUAUGACUCACCGACCCAGCUGUGCAAGGCGUGUGACCCAACCUGCAAGACCUGCUCAGGUCCUGGGCCACAGGCCUGUGUCACGUGUGCCGCGCCGCUGCAUCCACUCAACAACCAGUGUGUGCCAUGCUGCCGUGACCCACAUCUGUCACACGACUGUUGUCACUGUGAUCCAUCAACUGGUGGCUGCCAGAAUUCGGUGACAGCUGGGAAACGGCGCAUCAGUGUCGAGCAAGCGGAAAGGGAACGCAUCGAUGAACUGCAGGCGGCCAGUCUUUCCUCCUCCUCCACACCGCUCACCCUGCUGCUCACCACUGGCAACGUGAUUGUCGCCCUCUGCAUAUGUUCACUGCUCAUUAUGGCCGUCGUUGUUGGCAGGCUACAGAUGAAAUCAGAAACUCCAGGCGGUGGCUACUCGAAGAUUCCUCUGCGGAGACAAAACUGUGUCGAGGAAAAUGCAUUGAUUGACGAACAGACAAAGCUGUGUGAGAGAGAAGGUGAAUCCGAUGAAGAUAAUGACGUCAUCUUUGUUCAGACAUAACCUCUAAAUGUCUCAACAAUUACCCAGACAUAACCUCCAAAUGUCACAACAAAAACACAAAUAUUAUAAAUAUUAGGUUAGGUUUGUAAGAACAAAUUUAGAAGCCUUUUUAAAAAAAGCUAUUUUUGUCAACUUUUCAAUGCCACAAUAACCAUUAAAAUAGGAUUUCCCUUGAUUUCGUGUUGGGUUGCUAAGUACAAAAGUGGAACACCAUUUAGAUCAAAGUGGAAAACCUAUUUAUAGAGUUGAUAAAUUUGAUAGGAAAGAAUAGGUUAGCCUUUUCUGAAAAAGCUAUUUUUGUCAACUUAUUUCCAAUGUAACAUUAACCAUAAAAAUAUGAUUCUCCUCGAUUUCAUGUUGGGGUUUUAAGAGCAAAAAUAGAAAACCUCCAAGAACAAAGUGGAAACCUUCUUAUCACGUUGAAAUUGAUAAGAAAUAAUAGGAUAGCCUUUCUAAAAAAGCUAUUUUUGUCAAAUUUUAAUGUCACAAUCACCAGAAAAAUAUUAUUAUCCUUGGUAUUGAUUUGGGUUUGUAAGAACAAAGUAGAAACCCUUUUUAUCAAGUUGUAAUUGUUAGGAAAUAAUAAAAGAAUCCAUGAAUUUCCAAUUAGUUUAUUCUUUUUUGAGUAAAAGAAACAAUACCUCUAUGUUUUGUUCUGCUCCCAAAUUUAAUAGUCUAAAAACUGGUCCGAAUGAUAUACUAUAUAGUCCUAUCUAUAUAAGAUGUACUACUUUAAGUCAUAUUUUAAACUAUAAACUAUUAUUUUUUCAAGUUUUCAAAUUUUUAACACAUGUGUCGAUCAAAAGUGAAGAUAGAUUGUGAAUGGAGAUAUUGUGAUUUGAAAUCCAAAUUCAAUUCAAUUCUCCAUCAGUCCAUGCCCAGCUUGUGCUGGAUAGAUUUCGUCAGUGGAAAAUCUAGUAUCGUAAACAUAGCGUAAUAAUUAUUUAUCUAUUCAUAGACAUGAAUAAAUGAAUAUUACGCUAUGUUUGAACUUCAAGUUCAUAAACUUUGUCCAUAUAUUUCCGUUUUUUUGCCGCAUCUACUUAUGUUGGCCCAAUAAAGGCCAAUGUCGACCAGCGCCGCCAAUGUGUGGAUGGGUGGUUUGCCAACGCUGGCUACCAUUGGUCACAUUGCAGGCUGGGCCAGCUUACUGAGCCGGGCACAUGUGUACUAGACAUUGUCACCUCUAAUACAAGGCCUUGGUCUACGAUAUUGCAAUGUCGCAGUGUAGGCCUAGAAUCCAAUACAUGAUUGAUGAAAAAGAUUAAAAAAAUACCAGCUGAUCUUUUUCACCAAUCAUGUAUUAGAUUCUAGGCCUACACUUCGACGUUGCAAUAUCGUAGGCCAAGGCCUUUUAUUAGAGGUGGCUAUGGUACUAGGCAUCAGUAUAGAUUGUCCUAGGUGGACAUUUCUGUAAUAUGGUUAUGAUAAUAUUCAUUCAAUUUCAUUAGAAUUUAUUUUAGCCUAUUUUAUUGGAACAAUUUUCCCUAGCGUGCUGAAUUCAUAAUAUAUUUAUCCAGAAUAGGUUAUACUUUAUCAGGCCUACAGCGAAAAUUUCAUUUUCUCUGAUUCAAUUUGUAAGCCUGCCGUCAGGAAAUUCUGAACGUGUGGAUGUGAAAAUCAUGAGGGAUCAGGUUGGAGUUUGAGCUCCAUUGGAGUUCGUUCCUCGCCCCCGUCUCAGGAAGUACUGAAUCCCCCAGUUGCUGGCGCUGGUUCUCAUGGUGAAGGGAAAAAUGCCAACCAGGGGGGACCAUAGCACACGUGAUGACUGUGUGAUUCCGUCCCUGGAAUUUGCCUGGCUUAUGGGUGUACUGGGAGGUUCUAGGCUUGACCGAGUUGCCUGAAAUCUUCGUCUCUGGGAGUAGCUGGGCACAGUGAAGGCUGUCCGGGGUUAGACAAUGAGAGACCAGACUAAGGGAAUCAGGGUACCCCCGUUUCUGGAAGUAGCAGGCAUCUGAAAUUCCCUUACACCAGAGUCGGGUAGCGCCUCCGUCUCUGGAAGUAGCAUCAUAGCAUUACGAAAAAACCCUCUCACUGGUGCUUUUUUCCGAAACGCUCGCGUCCCCUUUUGGGCGCCUGUGUGGUGGACGUGCAAGCGCCCACCCUGGAGAGGUAUACAAUUGGGAAUCACGAGUAUUUUUCCUGGCCGGUAGACGAGGUAGAGGAUACGUCCUGGCCCUGGCCAGGCCCAUAUACCACCGGAACUGCACAGCGGUGGUUCCACUGCAAUGCAGGCUGAACUACUCUAUGAUACUCGCCUACCGACCUGGCAGUGCCGAUUGGUAGUAGCUCGCGUGUCACACCUCACGGGAUAUGCGAACGGCAGGUGUGACGUUAACUCGUGUGGUGUCGCGGCCAAAAUCAUGUCAUUCACAAGUUCAGAUUCUCCUUGAGGCUUGGAUUCUGCGUCAAAUGUGAAGCCAUACUGUAAUCUCCAAAAUAAUUAUCUCUUACUUUUAUCUUUAUUAUCUUACUUUUAUCUUUUUAUUAUUAUCUCUUAUCUUUACAAUUUACUUGCAUAUUGUUAUUGUAUUCCAAAAUAAUUUUAACGACAUAUUGCCAAUGAUCUUUCUAAUUGUACCGGGUGAUGUUUUAGUCCUGUUACCCAGUUUUUAAUUAAUUUGCAAAACGGAAAAUCAGUAGUAAGGUAGUAAAAAUGUAUAGUUGUUGAGUUAUAUACAAAAUAAAUAUAAUAUUUUAUCACUCAUUUCUUAGUUAAUGAAGAUUAUUAAAGAAUAUUCUCAUAAUGUCCACCUACUUAAGUUACAAAUGCUUUGACUUUUUUCACCAUACUAUUCAUGUUCUAUGUAAAAAUACAAAUACAUUGUCAAAAUGUAAAAAGACAAAUACAUUGUCUUCAUAAGACGACCGGGAUCUUCACAAAAUGAUACACAGCUUAAGGAUAAUCAACUCGCACUGCCGUGUGUUUACCGAUUGAGUAGGGCUAUCAACUUUGUGCGACAAAACAAAACUCUCCUUUAUUAGAAACUAGCAUGUAACCCGUGCUUUGCUCUGGGGAAAAUUUGGUGUGGUAAAAUGCAAUCUCCUCGUGUCCAGGAAACAUAAAAAAUAUAUAAAUUAUUUAUUAUUUUGUUUAAAAUUUCGUGGAUAAUCUUUAUAAGAUUUGAACAUUUCCAGCAAAGUAAAAAUUCAACCUUUGAUACAUGAACCGCGCUCGCUACCAACUAAGCUAAGGAGUCACUUGGAGUAAAGCCCUGUUUGGUUGGGUUUUUAUAGUUACGGUACAUAAACUAAUCACAAAUUGGAUAAAUUAGUUUUUAUUAUUAAAUUACAAUUAAUUGAUUAAUGGCAAUAAAAAUAAAUAAUAUAAUAAUAUAAAUAAUAUAAAUGGCCUAUGACCAUCCUCGGUAAAUUCAGAAUCUUUAUGCAAGUUAAUCAGCUCAGUAGGUCAACACAAACGACUAAAAAUCACUCUGUAUUUCAAAUUUAUCCUACUGACAUUCUUAAUGGAAUUUCUUUUCAUAUACAAAAAUCAUUUUACUGUUGAUAGAUUAAAUGGGAAUGAAUGUAUGUUAGUAAGCGGAGUUUAUUUUUUCGUUUUUAUCUUCUAUGUAAAUAAUAGAUUAUGUAAAUCAAUUAUAAAUAACUUGGAAUUCGAUCAAAUGUAUAUUAUGUCAUUUAACAGGGAGCAAAUAGCUAAUAACAUAUGGAACUCUUUGUUAAUAAAUUAGGUAUUGAGGGCUACAGUACUCUGAGUUCUUGACUGAUGAACAUUGAUUUGUUAAAGAUGCGUUUUAUAUAUGAUUGUGUUUACUAUAUCGAUAAUGUAGUUUCGCAAUUCAACUUGUUUGCAAUUUUUCAGAAAAUUUCAAAUUUUUCAAUCCUUAGUGGAACUGUAUUGCAAAUUAAUACAUUCAUUUAUUGAUUCACAAUCAAUUGAAAUGACAACACCACAUAGACUGUAAUAUAGUUUAUAGUAGAUAAAUCUACAGCUUUGCCAGACUGGUUACAAAGCUCGGUAGUGCUAUGUUAAGUACUAAGGAUGGUGGUCAAUAAAAACCUAUUUAUUAAUUGGGACAUCAAAUAAUACCCUGUUUUAAGAUUCACACUGCAAAUUCAGAACCAGAUCUUACAAGCUGUUUGGUUAAGAUUUUAAAAAAGUCAUACAUUUUUCAUAGGAAAACUGACAAUUUUGAUAAUGUAAAAAGUCUUUCAACUUAUAAUCCCAAUUAAAUGCCACGAGAACCAAUCAGAAAAGCGUUAUUUUCAAAAAAACCUUAUCUAAUUGCUUCUUGUGGAAUUGAAUCAUAAUUAAAAUUUAACAGGCUCUUUGGCAACCGGGUUAUAUCUUUUCAAAUCAAACAAGUUGAAUUACUUCUGAAUGUAUAGUAUGUUAAUAUAACUUGUUAAAAUGGCUAAUUACUGUAGUUUUAAACUAUAUAGAUUUAUAUUGUUACAAAAUUUGGAUACGACAGUGAUCUUUUUUUGAAAUUCACUAACACAUGGAAGAAACAAAGUGUAAAUUCAAAUGAAUUCAAUGCUACCUAAACACGUGUGAUUGUACAGAAAACCUAGGUCGAUUUUUCAUCAAUAUUUGUAGAUAUAAAAGUUUUUUUACGGGUUGAUUUAUUAGUGGGUGAAAUGCUUCUUGAAUAUUCAUAUUCAAGUGUAAUGUUUCUGACUGUUCUAGUUGAAAUUAUGAUGAUAAAUCUAAAAAUUAACAAAUUUCCACUUAAUUUUCCAUGUUUUAGCCUACUGGUUAUCAACGUAUUUUUAUCUAUAGUGAGUUCCUCGUUAUAAUGGCAGUAUCUGAUUAACAUUGGUGUUGUUAUCAUUGUCUAUCACUCGACAAAGCAGAUAACGCUAUCCUUUUCUAGAAUUUUUGACUACUUUUUGGUAUUAUUCCAUUGUGCAUACACUUCAUGUUCUCUAUAUUCUUGUGAUACAAAAAAAGUCAUGACAUUUUUCCAGUAUCAAUCAAUCUGUGGAAGAUUAUAUCGUUUUUAGAUUAUCUAGAGAUUUUAAAUAAUUACCUAAUGUAUGUGUGUAUUAUAGUUGGCCAAUUUGAUUGGGUUUUUACACUUUUCACAAAUUUCUUUCUCUUAUCAAGAGGAUCACAUUGAAUACAUGAUUAACCUAAUGUAAAUAUUUAUCAAUAAAUGAAUUGAUUUACAACAAAUAUAAUCACUAUUUUCAUGCUAUGGAAGAUUUUAAUG